GGGGAGACGGCUGCGGUCGUCGGGCGCCUGGGCGGCAACGUGGCGCGCCUGCGCGACAUCGCGCGCGCGUCCGUGGACGACGCGGAGGCGCCGCCGUUCGACCCCGCGGAGCGCGUCCUGCUGCUGUCGCAGGCACCGCUGGGCGACCGGCUGCGCGCGGCGCGCCUGGCGCUGAGCGACCUCGCCGUGCAGCGGGCGCUGCGGGCCGAG